GUGUAACAAGAGAGUUAAGAAACGGUGUCGUUGAGCAGAGACAUUGACGCACGAAUGAAUAUAAUAGAUUUUCCUUAAUUCCUUUGCUUAAGGGAGUUUCCUCAUUUUUCUUCUUCUCUGAUAUCAAUCACAAUUUCUCUCUCUUCUUCACUCUUCAUUCUCAUUUCUCUUCUGAAUUAUUGCCAUGGCUAAGAGCUCAUUCAAGAUGGAACACCCACUUGAGAGGAGGCAGGCUGAAGCAUCUCGAAUAAGAGAGAAGUAUCCUGACAGAAUUCCAGUAAUUGUUGAAAGGGCUGAGAAGAGUGAUGUUCCUGAAAUUGACAAGAAAAAGUAUCUUGUACCCGCUGAUUUGACUGUUGGUCAGUUUGUGUAUGUGGUGCGGAAGAGAAUCAAGCUGAGUCCUGAGAAGGCGAUCUUCAUUUUUGUUAAGAAUAUUUUACCACCAACUGCGGCAAUGAUGUCUGCAAUUUAUGAGGAAAACAAGGAUGAAGAUGGCUUUCUAUAUAUGACUUACAGUGGAGAGAACACAUUUGGGCUUGUGUUCUGAAAUAAUCCGUCGUGACAGGCAACCAUCUGAAUAGAACUUCCUAAAAUUGACCAAUGUUAAGAAGUCAGCUUAAUUGUAAAUUCUCUGGUUUGAUGCUUUUUAUGUAAAGUUUAUUAUGUCUACUGGAACUUAUUUGAAAAUUGUCGUGUUUCUAUCAGUUCUAAAUUGAAUAAGUUUAAGGGUAUGUUUGUUCUUUGUUCACAUCGUU